GUGGCUGGCUCGUCUCGCUUUUUUUCGGCGGAGGCCAGGGGUUGUGGCGCAGCAGUGGCCGCCGAUAUAACUGUGGGGUCGCGGGCAGCAUUCUAAUUUUUCUCCCUCGCGUAUCUCUGACAGCAGAACUUUCACCAUGGGCAAGGAAAAGUCUCACAUCAACAUUGUCGUCAUUGGCCACGUCGACUCCGGCAAGUCGACCACCACCGGCCACAUGAUCUACAAGUGCGGUGGUAUUGACAAGCGUACCAUUGAGAAGUUCGAGAAGGAAGCCGCCGAUCUCGGCAAGGGUUCCUUCAAGUACGCCUGGGUUCUUGACAAGCUCAAGGCCGAGCGUGAGCGUGGUAUCACCAUCGAUAUCGCUCUCUGGAAGUUCGAGACCCCCAAGUACUACGUCACCGUCAUUGAUGCCCCUGGCCACCGUGAUUUCAUCAAGAACAUGAUCACCGGUACCUCCCAGGCUGACUGCGCCAUCCUCAUCAUCACCGCCGGUGUUGGUGAGUUCGAGGCCGGUAUCUCCAAGGAUGGCCAGACCCGUGAGCACGCUCUCCUUGCUUUCACCCUCGGUGUCAAGCAGAUGAUCGUUGCCGUCAACAAGAUGGACACCGUCAAGUACUCUGAGGAGCGCUUCAACGAAAUCGUCAAGGAAACCUCCAACUUCAUCAAGAAGGUCGGCUACAACCCUAAGGCCGUCGCCUUCGUCCCCAUCUCGGGCUGGCACGGUGACAACAUGAUCGAUCCCUCCGACAACAUGCCCUGGUUCAAGGGAUGGAACAAGGAGACCAAGGCCGGCGCCUCCACCGGCAAGACCCUCCUCAACGCCAUCGAUGCCAUCGAGCCUCCCCAGCGCCCCACCGAGAAGCCCCUCCGCCUUCCCCUCCAGGAUGUGUACAAGAUCGGCGGUAUCGGCACUGUCCCCGUCGGCCGUGUCGAGACCGGUGUCAUCAAGCCCGGUAUGGUCGUCUCGUUCGCCCCCUCGGGUGUCCAGACUGAAGUCAAGUCCGUCGAAAUGCACCACGAGUCCCUCGCUGAGGGUCUCCCCGGAGACAACGUCGGCUUCAACGUCAAGAACGUCUCCGUCAAGGAUAUCCGCCGUGGCUUCGUCGCCUCUGACAUCAAGAACGACCCCGCCAAGGAGUGCGCUUCCUUCAACGCCCAGGUCAUUGUCCUCAACCACCCCGGUCAGAUCGCCGCUGGCUACUCGCCCGUCCUCGAUUGCCACACUGCUCACAUUGCCUGCAAGUUUGCUGAGCUCGUUGAGAAGAUCGACCGUCGUUCCGGCAAGAAGCUCGAAGACAACCCCAAGUUUGUCAAGUCGGGUGAUGCUGCCAUCGUCAAGAUGAUCCCCACCAAGCCCAUGUGUGUCGAGUCCUUCUCCGACUACCCCCCUCUCGGCCGUUUCGCCGUCCGUGAUAUGCGCCAGACCGUUGCCGUCGGUGUCAUUAAGGCCGUCGAGAAGACCGACAAGGCUGCCGGUGGCAAGGCUACCAAGGCUGCUGGCAAGGCUGGCAAGAAGUAAAUGUCACGAGCUUGCCUUGUAACCCCUAAUAUAAUGCGUAUGCCAAAGCAAAA